AAGUCUGCAACAUAUAUUUGAUACAUUAAAUCACUUACCUGAUCCAAUUCUGGCAAAUAGUGAUCACUACAAAAGUUUUAAUGAUGUUUAUAGUACAGAUACAAAUGAGUCUUAUUGUCCAUCUAUAGAGUUACGCAAGGUAAAGUUAAAUAAAAAUAAAAGAGGAAAACUAAAGCAAGGUAAGCAAAUGCCGUGGACGGGAAAUGCACAAAAAGCAAAGAAUGUGGGCGUAACUGUAACAUGCAUGGAUUGUAACAAGUUGAGAUGUUUAUAUGCUUCCAAAAAAAUUACAGAAGAUGAAAAAAAAAUUUUAAUGAGAUACCUUGAUACUAUUUGUUAUACUUAUGGUGCCACUUUUACUUGUCAUAAUGGAGGAUCCAAAGAUUCUUUGAAAAAAUCAUCUCAAAAACGGCAUAUAGAUGAAGUAUUAGAAGAUGAUGAAUUAAUAGAUGUUUUAUCAAAAGUGUUUGUAAAUGCAGCAUUAGAAUGUUAUGACGAAAUGGAGAAGGCAUAUUAUUCGGCUAAGUUUCUACCUGUGUGCUUUAAUUGUGAUUCAUUUGAAUAUAUAAUACCUGUACCUGAAAAGCAGUAUCCGUACUGUGAAGCAUGUACCGCAGAUUCAGAUGUAAAAAUUAAAAUGGGCAGAGGUUUAAAUUUUUCAUCGGAUGCUCAAUCUAGCAAAAGAAAAGGAAAAAAAGUGAGAACGAAGUAA